AUGGCUAAAAGGAUAGCACUACAGAUGCCUGAGAGUCUGGCAUGUCCACUUUGUCUCGAUGCCUUCAAGGUCCCCACCCUCCUAUUCUGUGGACAUACAUUCUGCAAGGUCUGUCUGGACAAAUACGAUACACAUUACCGAGGUCAAGAUUUCAUGGAGUGUCCGGUUUGCAAGAAACGCACCAAACUGGAAAAAAAUAGAGUCGCAGGACUUGCACCCAAUUUCUCUGUAAAAGGCCUCGAGGAGGAAUUACAUGUACAUCCUAGGGCCAAUGGUAAAUCAUCAGAGUACUGUUCCCUGCACAGCAAAGUCUACAAAGACAUUCUGUGUGAGGUUUGCAAGGAGUUCAUAUGUCUGUCUUGUUUGUUUGAUAAACAUCAGGGUCACAGGUUUAAGAAGAAGGAAGAGGUUGUAGCAGAGUUGAAAAAGAAAAGAAAAUCUCUUAUUAAAAGAAGUGAGAAGAAGAAAGCAGAGAUCAAAGUAUCUAUUGCCAAUCGUGAGCGACAUAUGCGUGAUAUGCAUUCUCAUCUGGAGAAUCUAGAUAGGGAAAUAGAAAAUUCCUUUCAUGAAAAGUCAGAGAUUCUUCGGGGACACAGGGAAAGACUAUCAAAAGAGUUGGACGACAUCCGCCAAAAAUCUGACAAGGCAAUGACAGAUUUAAUUGGACGUCAGAAACAUUCAUUGCAGAGAAUUACUUCAAAGAGCACUCUUAUUCGACGAGAGGGCGUUGCAAGUACCAGUACAUGUAAGUUUCCAAACUCUGAUGCACUGAAAACACUCUACAUAGAAUUCUUGGAACUGGAGAACGAAUUGGACAGAGACCUGAAUGAAACAUCCGCAGCACUGGCGAAACACAAAGUUGAGAACACCCAGUUGUAUACAUAUGAUGAAAGUGUUUGUGACCUAGGUACUUUCCACCGAGAAGCUAGCGGAAACGAAAGCGAGAGCGAGAGUGAUCAACACGACAUGGCUGAUCUUGCUAGAAUACGCAAGACCUUCAAAUAUAUAGCUAACCUCUCCAUCCCGACAGAACUGAGAUGA